AUGAAUUUCGAAGAUGACAGUGCCAUUACGCCAAGGGCCUUUCUGCAUUUGGCGCGCGUGGAGCUUUCGGAGCACGGCGGCGGGUUCUCCGCACGCGCAGAGUUGGCGACAGACCUGCAGGUGGCGCUGCUGCGCUUGCUGACGCUGGCGCUUGACGCCGAGGCGCCGCGGCAGUGGCCCGGGCGCAUGCCUGGCCUAGCGCUGCUCUUGCAAGGCUCUGGCGGCGAUUCCUCCGCUUCGGAGCCCUUGGAAGCGGGUGAUUGGUUUUCGGCGAGGUGUCCCUGUUGUGGUGAAGUCGAAGAUGCGUGCUGCCAAGAAGUCGAGCGCAACGGCAAGAAGGCGUUAUACUGGACUUUGUCCGAAGGCAGCUGUAGCUUAGCCAAGGCCGACUGCGACUCGGGCAAGCGCAGGUGGGGCCGCUCAACCUGGAUGCCCUUCGAGCUACGGGGUCGGCAGGUCGGCAGCAGCGAAGUUCUGCCCGCGGAGUGGCACGGGCGCUGGGCGUGGGCGCAUGACGGCCAGCGCGUGAACGGCUGGAUUGAGUUCGAGGAGUUCGGGAUCCUCAUGAGCAAGUGGGGAUGUGGUUCAUGGAGGCUGCCCAAAGUCCGCAAGGAGGGCUUCUUGAUCGUGUGCUUCAACGCAGUUGCGCACGUGGUCCGACUCGGCCCUGACGAUGGGUUUGAGGUGAUCUCAAAGCGCCCGGCGAAUGCUAUGGAGUGGCAGGACUGGGCAGACGCGAUGUGUUUUGCCAAAUGCGUGAACUCGCAGGAGCCCGGGAUGUUGCAGCAGAACUUCAGGCAUAUGCCCCCGGUGACCCGCGCGUUGGUCCUGGCAGCGGUGCUCACGAUGGCAUUGUGCUCCUUGGACGUGGUGUCGCCCUUCACGCUCUACCUCAACUGGCAGCUUAUCAUUUAUGAGCUGCAAUUAUGGAGGUUGGUGACGUGCUUCCUUUUCUUCGGCACCUUCAGCCUGCCCUUCGUGUGGAACACUUACGUCUUGGUAUACUAUUGCUCCUCGCUGGAGGAGAGCGCCUUCCACAGGAGAUCGGCAGACUUCCUGUGGAUGCUCAUUUGCGGCGGAGGCAUGCUCCUGGUGCUCACGUAUUUCUUCGGCAACACGUACUUCGUGAGUGGUGCAUUGACAGACCUCAUGACCUACGUUUGGGGCCGAAGAAAUUCGGCUGCGCGUAUGCAGGUGCUGUUCUUCACCAUCCGCGCAGUGUACCUACCCUGGGUCCUGGCGUGGAUUUCUCUGCUGGUGGGCGGCGAGGUCAAGGAUCACCUUAUGGGCAUGGCGGUUGGGCACACCUACUACUUCUUUGAGGACGUGUACCCGCUGAUGUCCACUUCCAAGGGCUUCCGCCUUUUCCGCACCCCCAAGCUGCUGAAGAUGGCCGCAGACCCCAAACUCGGUAUCGGUCGGGGGCAAAAAGUCGGUUGGUUGCCCGAGGCUGCCCUUUGUUUGCCCGAGGAAAGCCAAAAGGAGAACCAAAUUUUAGGUGAGACCAUGUCUCCCCAAGAGUUCGGAUUCCUUAUCGCCCUUUUGCUCCUCCGAAGCCGUUUCGCCAGCACCUUUUGGGCCAGGUGA